UCCAAUUAACAAAACCUAUUAGUCAUCUUCAACCUUCUAUUCUGCCUGUAACCCUCAUUUUGCACUAUACUCUGCAACAUUAAUUAAAAAUGGCGGCUCACCGUCUCCUCUCUCAAGCCCGACAAAUCCGAACAUCAUACUUAUUCAAUCCUUCUACAUUUCAGUCCCUUCACAGAUCACUCUGCUCUUCAUCUUCUUCACAAGAUCUCAAUCUUAAAAACCCCCAACAAUCAUCAUCUGCACCAGUCCAGCCCGUUUCUUACCCAAUCAAACCCAAAGACCCAGUUACCCAAAACCCACAACCCAAUGACCCGAAUGCCCAAAACCCACAACCCAUUAACCCGGAAAGUUGGAGCAGAGAAGAUGCAAGAUUUUUUAAAGAUUAUAACCCGGUUUCGUAUGGGAGUAAAGUUGCACCAUUGCCGGAAGAUAAAGUGAGUGGGGAAAAUGAUGGGUUGAGUAAUGAGGAAAUGGAGGAGGAAAGGAGGAAAAUUGAGAUGGAAAAUAGAAUUAUGAGAAGGGUUUUUCGCGGUAAUGUAGACGAGCCCAAAGUUCCGUUUCCGACUUUGAUUAAGCGGAAAAAGGAGAAUGAUAAAGGUCAGAAAGUUGUUCAUGAUCUUAAAGAGGCGGUCCAUCUUGUCAAGGCGAAUGCCAAGCGCAAUUUUGAUGAGACUUUGGAAGCACAUGUGAAACUAGCUGUUGAUCUGCGUCGAACUGAUCUGAAACUUACUGGUUCACUAUCUCUUCCUCAUGGCAGUGGAAAGGCCCUUCGGGUGGCUGUGUUUGCUGAAGGGGCAGCUGCUGAUGAGGCUAGAGCUGCAGGUGCUGAUAUGGUGGGCGGUGAGGACCUAAUUGAAGGAAUUAAAAGUGGCAAAAUUAACUUAAAAGAAAUUGACAAGUGUAUCGCAGUUCCUCAAUUGAUGCCACGUAUAGGAAAAGAGAUUUCAAAAAAACUCAACCGUUUGACUCCAAACGCAAGAGAUGGUUCUGUUACUACUGAAAUCUCUAAAGCAGUGAAAGAAGCAAAGAAAAACAUCAAGUUUAAGAAAGACAAGUCUGCUAUUGUUCAUGUUGGUCUUGGAAAGGUCAGUUUUACAGAAGAGGCUUUAUGUGAAAACGUGGGUGCAUUUGUUAAUGCUCUUCUGCUUGCAAAACCUCCUGGAUUGAAGAAAAGUUCCAAGUAUGCUGGAUACGUGACCACAUUUCAUAUUUGUAGCACGAUGGGCCCAUCUUUCCCUGUUUCAAUCCAGUCGUUGUCAAUAGCAGCUGAUCGUUACACCAAACUGCAAAUGAGAUAACCAUGGAAUCAACUACAAACUCGAUGCUGUAUCUGGGGUGCCAAAUCUAUUUUUGCUGCUGUUGCAUCUUGAUUGGGUUCUUUUAUACACAAGUUGAUGGUGUAUUUCUUCCGCAUAAGAUUGAUUAGAUGUUAUUUGCUCAACUAAUAAUUAAAUGUAUUUGGAAGAAGUAGCAUUUCAAUAGCUCAGUAAUGUAGAACUGUAAAAUCUUGAUUCAUUUUGGGAAGAUACGUGGCUUUUGGAGAGUGUAAUCAUAGUCAGUAGUAAACGAGUCAUGGUUAGAUAAUGGGCUAUUGAACUGCUGUAUUUAUAGUUAUGUUCACAUCUAUUCCAUUAUACAGUAGGCACACAUUGUUACACAUGAAAA